AUAUUCACAACCCUUUCGUUGAUCAGUUUCUUCCUCCACGCAAAUUUGAUUGUGUUUUCGCCAAACACAAAUUUUACUUUGGUAUCUUUAGCAGAGAUUGAUGGCCAAGUCCGCUUACAAAAAGGAACACCCGUUUGAAAAGAGACAUGCUGAAGCCACUAGGAUAAGGGAGAAGUAUUCUGAUAGAAUACCUGUGGUUGUAGAGAAGGCGGGAAAAAGUGAAAUCCCUGACAUUGACAAGAAGAAAUACCUAGUACCAGGGGAUUUGACAGUUGGGCAAUUCGUUUAUGUUAUACGAAAAAGGAUCAAACUUGGAUCUGAGAAGGCCAUUUUUAUUUUUGUCAAGAAUUUGCUACCACCAAAUGCUGCAUUGAUGUCUAAAAUCUAUGAGGAAAACAAGGAUGAAGACGGAUUCCUUUACAUGACAUACAGCGGUGAGAGCACGUUUGGUUCCCUGGAGUUGCAGUAGAAUCAGUAAUCAUAUUUUACUCAGUUCUUGUAAGGAGUUGUCUCUAUUGCCUUUGGCAAGAAUU